CUGUUUUUCCUCCAGAAAAUUCUUACUGCCACGGCUGCCAACGAAGAGGAUGCGGGUCCUAGCGGCGCUAAGCCAGAUGAAGACGAGGAACAACUAGCUGAGGUCUGGGCGCCUCGCGUCGAUUUAGACGAGCCCAGCCCAUCGUCAUCGGAGAUUUCGUCGGAUGGAGAGCUGCAGGAUGCUAAAAGUGUCACUCCGGCUUCAUUCUACAGCCCGCUUGUUGGCGACGUCGCCAGUCCAAGUCCAGCCAGUCUGCAGACUUGUCCCGGACCCUCUCAGUUUCCGACGCCGCAAUGCCCAACGGCUUUACCAGCAGCGGAAGAGCAGACGUCGGAGGAUGUUGCUGUGACCACUGUCAGACAGGAGGUCGAAGGUAUUGCUACCAGCAUCGGCAUGUUUUGGAGUUGUGAUCCAUCUACUGUCGUAGCUGUAGACGAACUAAGUGACACGAACUCCCCGAAUUGCAGUGAUGAGGAAGUAAGCAUCGUGUCUGUGAUCCAGCCCUACGAAAAUAUGAUCUCUGCAUCCUCAACCGACCUCUCAGACAAAGAAAACGCACCUCCUUCGUCUCUUUUCCAAAACGCUCUCCCUUCAGGUCACGUUCCGGCCUCACCACCGAGAUCGUUGUCCUCAAAAGCUGUAAACUAUGACAGUCCAUCCACUGCAGCCGAUGCCUUCAACUCCACUUUGUGGUCAUCCAAUCCAAAAGAGCGGAAUGACUCUCCCCUCGGUGACAUCUACUCUCCCCGUCAUGUGGGUUUUCGUGUUUAA